AUGAUGUCGAAACGGACCAUCUUCCUCAUGGGUGCGCCCACGUUGCGGAAUCUCCAGUGGAAUGAAGACGAGCUGCUGAACGCACCGAUAUCUCCAUUUCAUAGUCUGGAUACGCAAGACGUAGGCCAUUGGCCUUUCCCCGAUGGUCAGCCCGUGAAAUGGAGACUAUUGCAGGAUCUGCGCAAUCGAGGGCCUCUCCCAGAAAUCUACAGGUGGGAGCCAGGUCAAGAUGCUCGCUUCUUUACUAUACGGGACAUUGCAGGCUCUGAUGGGACAUCGCGGACAAAGCCGGACGAUUCAGUGCUCUCGCAGUUCUACAACCAUUCAUUUACCGUUCAUGAAACCUCGGAGAUCUCGACUCCGGGGUUUCACUCUGGAGAUUCCAUGCGCAGUAGUGGUUUAUCGGCCGGGACUUCUUUUGCGACAAGCAGCGAGAAGGACGGGCCAACACCAGGGUUACCGAUCCAAGGGCCGCUCACCGACCUCCGGGAUAUCCCCACUGCGGCGUAUCUGAAUUCGAUCGUGCCGCAGACGAUGACGGUGAAUCUGAUUGUGGCGAUUAUCGCCAUCCACCCUCCACGGCGGGUGGUAACGCGGCAAUGGAAGCAAGAGCUGGAUCUGGUUGAGAUGGUGGUUGGGGAUGAUACAAGAAGUGGGUUUGGGGUUACGUUCUGGCUUCCUCCUGUGAAUCAUGCGGUCAUGGCUGGGGAAGGUGACGACGAAGGAGAGGCGUUGGGGGAGUCGCUGGCAACGCUGCGUCCACGGGACAUUGUUCUGAUGCGGAUGGUAGGACUGAGCUCCUUCCGGGAACGGGUAUACGGGCAGAGUUUGAGGAAAGGGGUCACGAAGGUUAACCUGCUGCACCGCCAGCGGGUCGACGUAACCGAAGCAGGCGGGCUCUACAGUGCGAAGCAACUCCGGGAUAUUCAACAAGACCCUGCAGCCAAGCGUGAGGAAGAUCUGCCGCUGAUGAAGGUGAGCAAGGUGCGCGAGUGGAUCAGGAGAUUUGUGUUCGAUCCGGUAGGCGGUGACGGGGGCCGGGGAACUUUUACACGUGGCUUGGCUGGAAAGGGCCAUUCACUGCCCCCAGACACGCAGGAGUGA